CUCUCCCAACUCACCAACGUCAACCAUAAACCCAUCUCUUAGAGUUUUAUUCUCUAACAUAUUGCCAACAUGUCUGUUCCGGCUUUCUCGGAUAUCGCCAAGGCGGCCAACGACCUCCUGAACAAGGAUUUUUACCACCUCUCGGCCGGCACCCUCGAGGUCAAGAGCAACACCCCCAACAAUGUCGCCUUCAAGGUGACUGGCAAGAGCAGCCAUGACAAGGUCACCAGCGGCACGAUCGAGGGCAAAUACUUUGACAAGCCCAAUGGUUUGACCCUCACCCAGACCUGGAACACGGCCAACACGCUCGAGACCAAGAUCGAGAUGGCCGACAACUUGGCCAAGGGCCUCAAGGCCGAGGGUAUCUUCAGCGUGCUCCCGGCCACGCAGGCCCGCGGCGCCAAGUUCAACCUGCACUUCAAGCAGUCCAACUUCCACGGUCGCGCCUUCUUCGACCUCCUCAAGGGCCCCACCGCCAGCAUCGACGCCAUCGUCGGCCACGAGGGUUUCCUCGCGGGCGCCUCGGCCGGCUACGACGUGCAGAAGGCCGCCAUCACGGGCUACAGCGCCGCCGUCGGCUACCAGGCGCCGACCUACAGCGCCGCCAUCACGGCCACCGACAAUCUGAGCGUCUUUGCUGCCAGCUACUACCACAAGGUUAACAGUCAGGUCGAGGCCGGCUCCAAGGCCACCUGGAACUCCAAGAGCGGCAACACGGUCGGCCUUGAGGUCGCUGCCAAGUACCGCCUCGACCCCGUCUCCUUCGUCAAGGCCAAGAUCAACGACCGUGGCGUCGCCGCCGUUGCCUACAACGUCCUCCUCCGCGAGGGCGUCACCCUCGGCGUUGGUGCUUCCUUUGAUACCCAGAAGCUCGACCAGGCUACUCACAAGGUCGGCACCAGCUUCACCUUCGAGUCGUAAAAAGCUGGCACCAGCCGAAGAGGCGUUGUAGCUGGGACGGUAAUCGCGCCCCUCGCGAUCGUUCUCAGCCUUGCGGAUGGUUGCGUUGGGUGGACACAUCUCAGCAGGCAGCAUUGUAUCAGACUUGGACGUCGGGCCCACAACAGACACGUUGCACUGUAUAGUAGAUUCCUAGACAGCGCAUAUGCUAAUUCCUCGCGACCGUUCCGGGCCUUGUUUUGCUCAGUUCGAAACAACCUUACCG